AUGGGAACCCAAGAUACUGAUUACCCCGACCAUAAGCUCAUCACCAUCCCGCCAUUUCCUUUGGCCAUGGAGAAGGUCUUGGUAUACUGGUACACUCGGGAGCACCAUGUCACAACCGAUGCCAGCAUCAGAUAUGCCAGGACGCACGGCUCGAGUGCGCCUACUACUCUGACCGCUAUCGAUAAACCACUCUUAGUGGUUGAGAUGGCUACCAUAGCCGCGCUGUUCGGUGACUAUCAGCUCGAAGCCAACCUCUUUCGCCGCUUUAGGUCGCUUAUAAGCCAUUUCGAAGCCUUCGAUUUCGUCAAGAUUGUGGAGCUCCUUUUUCAGAACCAGUUCGACGAGUGGACGACCAUCGAUGGUAUUAGGGCUCUGCUGGCUCUCCACGUGGUGCGUAACGAUUAUGACCGCAUCUCUCAUCCCAAAUGGUCUUCUAUAAUCAACCAAGCCCUGUAUGCUCUGCCGGAAUUCAAAGAGAAGUUGGUUUGGGCCAUACAGGCCGAGGCGAAGACGAAGUACCUUCCCGCUGAAGUGGAUCCCGAGGAUCAGAAUCUAUUGACACUGACGAUGGGCGAUGGUGCUUGA